GUCACGGGUGGGCGGAGCCGAGCGAGAUCUGCUGCAUCUGGUACACUGACGUGAUCGCGCGGUUCCCGGGGAUGCAACCACAAAUUUAACAUCGGUUUCUUUAACGCACUGAAAUUAAAUCACGACGCCGGGGCCGACAAAACGAUUGUUGAGGACCUGAUUUGUCAUGGCUGAGCAGCAGAGACAGCGCACUCUCUCCACCUCUGGAGAAUCACUCUAUCAUGUGCUGGGUGUCGACAAACUGGCCACUGUCGAUGACAUCAAGAAGUCAUACAGGAAAUUGGCAUUGAAAUAUCACCCUGAUAAGAAUCCUGACAACCCUGAGGCAGCUGAUAAGUUUAAAGAGAUAAACAAUGCCCAUGCCAUCCUUAAUGACCCAACAAAGAGAAACAUCUAUGAUAAGUAUGGCUCUCUGGGACUUUAUGUGGCCGAACAGUUUGGAGAAGAGAACGUCAACACUUACUUUGUCCUAUCCAGCUGGUGGGCCAAGGCUCUGUUUAUUUUCUGUGGCCUGGCUACAGGCUGCUACUUCUGCUGUUGCCUGUGCUGUUGUUGUAACUGCUGCUGCGGGAAGUGUAAACCACGGCCACCUGAGGGACAGGAACAGGAAUUCUAUGUCUCCCCUGAAGACUUAGAGGCCCAACUGCAGUCCGAUGAGAGAGAGGCAGGUGGAGGUGAGCCCAUUGUGAUGCAGCCCUCGUCUGCCACAGAAACCACCCAGCUAACGUCUGACGGUUACCAUACUACUUACCACACCGACACCGGCUUCAAUUAAACGCCCCACUCUCUUCACCCUGUGGAUUGUCUCUCACCACUCUGCGCCAUCUCUCCGAGAGGAAAAAAAAAAUGAAUGGAAAGAAUCCUUCAACUACAACUAAAAAAGCCUGUUUGUGAGAGGAGGAAAGCCAGCGAUGGAGCUGAAUUUGUUAGCGUAUCCUGUCCCUUAUUCACGCACCACUUCCAUCCCUCACACAAGAGCGGCUCACGUCCGCCUCACCGUACCGUAGCUUAAAAAACGAGCUUAAGAAAAAAAGAUAAAAAAGAUCCUGUCGUUUACCCUGAUCUCUUUGUUGCCUUUGACCUCCGAUCUUGCCUUCCACUCGUUCCCUCGCUCCUCCAGCCAGAUUUGCUCGUCGUCCUGUGGCAUGCACUGUUCCUUAACUUCGUUUAAUGAAUUUUUCGCGGUUUUUGCUAUAUUUAUUGACAUGAAAUGUUCGUUCCCAUUUAUAAGUACUUGAGUGUGGUUUAAAGUCGACUCCGUGAACUUGCCAUAGGUGUUCGAAGACUAGUGCGACUGCGCUGAGAAGCAGCAGGAAUAUGUUUCAUUUUUUAAAAUCUCAAAUAUUCAGUUUGCAUACCUCGCCAAUUAAAUUGUAUCUUUUGUGUCCCUGUAGGCAAUUUUAUCUGCUUUGUGUCAUAAUAUUAAGUUUCAGCAGCAUUCGACAUUAAUUGGGUUAUUUAGAUUGCUUCAACUUUAUCCAUAAGUAGUAGUGUUGUUUCAGUUUUUUUCUGAGAGAGAGAGAUACAAAUGAUGCAACUGGUAAUAUGCCAUUUCUUCUUAGUAUUUUGCUCAUUUACAUCUGGGUGUUGAUGUUCCUGUCUUAUUCUGAGGACCAUUUGCAACAAGCUGAGCCAAACUUAGGACUCUUCUCUAUAUAUGGAAUGGAUUUAUCUGUCAUCUCUGUGUAGUGUGUAGGUUGUUCGUUGAUGUGCGAUAACAUGUUUGGCCUCUCAGCUUUGGUCUUAGUGUUAAGCUCAGUUUGGCCCAGUUGUGUCUCUUUUCUCUCAUCCAAAGGGAAUCGUGAACACAAUCUGACAUAAACUUCUAUAGUGUCAUAUCACAGUGAGUGUGUACGUAAGGUGGAAAAUGUAACAAAUGAGACAUUUUUUUAUAUAGAUAUACAAUCUACACACAUCACGUGUAUGUACAAUAUAUGUAUAUUUUGGUCAUUUUUAUAUUUUAGUUGUUGCCGCAAGAUUGUUUGUGACUGUGGUAAUGGCCUCUUGUGGUCACUUGAGUCUCCCUAUGUCAAGAUAUACUGUCUAUUGUGAGAGAAAUGCUUGUAUUUUGAAGACAUUAAUUAAUGAGCGGUAGCCAUUUGUGAUGUUUGUUCUUCAGAUUUAUUUAUUGAAGUGACAAUUUCUUUUUAACACUACAAGCAUCUGGAUACUUGCUCAAAGUCCAAUCUCUCAAAGCCUGAAAGGUCAAAAUAUGUGACCCUGGACCACAAAACCAGUCUUAAGUAGUACAGGUAUGUUUGUAGCAAUAGCCAAAAAUACAUUGUAUGGGUUAUACAUUAUCGAUUUUUAUUUUAUGCCAAAAACCAUUAGGAUAUUAAGUAAAGAUCAUGUUCUAUGAAGAUAUUUUGUACAUUUCCUACUAUAAAUAUGUCAAAACUUCAUUUUUGAUUAUUAAUAUGCAUUGCUAAGAACUUCAUUUGGACAACUUUAAAGGCGAUUUUCUCAGUAUUUUGAUUUUUAGUUGUAUCUCGGCCAAAUAUUGUCCUAACAAACCAUACAUCAGUGGAAAGCAUAUUUAUUUAGCUUUCAGAUGUAUAAAUCUCAAUUUCAAAAAACUGACCCUUAUGACCCUUAUGGUUUUGUGGUCCAGGGUCACAUAUAUAUUUUACUUAAAUAUUAUGAAGCCUGAUUUUAGGACAUUGUCAAGUUUUGGAACAAUAAUGAAAAUUAUUUUGUCUGGAUUUUUUAAAUUAACAUUUAAUUUGCUAAUUUACAGUAGUGGUCAUGGUUUUUGAAAAGAAUGAAAAUAAUGCAUAAAAUCUUAAUUUUCUUAAAAACAGGCUUUUUCACGAUGAAGCAGAUGCAAGGCUGUGUGAGAGAUUUUAUUUUCUUGGCAGCUGCGCUUUUUUGUUAAAGGAAAUGUUCACUUCCAGAACAAAAAUUUACAGAUAAUUUUCUCACCCCCUUGUCAUCCAAGAUAUUCAUGUCUUUUCUUUUCUGAGGAAAACAUUUCAGGAAUGUUUUCCAUAUAGUGGACUUCUAUGGUGCCCUCAAGUAUGAAUUUCAAAAAUGCAGUUUAAAUGCAGCUUGAAGGGGCUCUAAACAAUCCCAAACGAGGAAGAAGGGUAUGUCUCCCAUCACAUUUUCUCCUCCAUCUUAAAAAUCGUCCUACAUCGCUGUUUUGCCUGUUUUUGUAAAGAGUGACCCUCCUUGCGCAUUCACCUUGUAAACACUGGGUCGGCACUUCUGCAGCGAUGUAGGACGAUUUUGAAAUUGGAGGAGAAAAUGAGUUGGGAGUUUUUCGACAUACUCUAACUGUCAUGAGCCAGAAUACACAGAGUUCAAGCAAAGCUAGACAAAAUGAGCAUUUAAAGGUUAAAAAGUAUAUAAAUUGUCAUUUUUUUUUUGAAAAUAACCAAUAGUUUCACUAGAUAAGACCCUUCUUCCUCGGCUGGGAUUGUUUAGAGCCCUUAGAAGCUGCAUUUAAACUGCAUUUUGGAAGUUCAAACUCAUGGGCACCAUAGAAGUCCACUAUAUGGAGAGAAAUACUGAAAUGUUUUCCUCAAAAAACAUAAUUUCUUUACGACUGAAGAAAAAAGACAUACACAUCUUGGAUGACAAGGGGGUGAGUACAUUAUAUGUAAAUUUUUGCUCUGGAAGUGAAUUUCUCUGUUAAGUCUCUUUGAUGUUUUGAAGAUUUUUUUGAGCAGCUAAGGUUUAAUGCUGUAACACUAGCAUUUAUUUGAUAGAUUCUCCUCUGAGCAGCCUCAGACAUGUUGCAUUAUCCCUUAAAAGAUUAAACUAUUAACUAUUAUUGUGUCAUAAUGCUUAGUUAUGUGAUAGGAUCAUGAAACUUCAUUGUGUUGCUCCUGAUUAUGUUUACGCGUUGUGAAUUAGAUGGUGCGUGUGGCUAAAAGGUUCUGAGUCGCCUAAGUACACAUGGUCAGUUCCCUCUUUAAGUAUAACUGAAAGUGCUUUAAUAACCUUCGUAUACCAAACCUGAUUUUUUGCAAUUACAAACACUAAGAUGACCAUCAAUGCCAUAUUAACUCGUGCUUUUUACUCAGACAUCCUUCACUGCCUGCUUACGUGGGCAGGUCUGAAUUUUGUUUGUCAUCUGUCUGUUCUUAUUUUCCAUCUUAGCUCUAUCUGGAGCGGAAUAUAAAUGUCACCAGCCAUGUUCAUUCACUCUUUCUAGUUACUCUUCAAAGGCCAAUGAUUUUUCAUUGAAUUGUUUACAUUUCAUUAUGGAGUACAAUAGUAUCUUCGGUCACUAUCUGCUCUCUUUCUCCUCUCUCUCUUGCUCUGUUUCUCAUUCCCUCGUUCCAAUGCUCUAGAUGGUUUUUAAUGGAUGUUAGCCUCUGUGGUCUUUUUUCCUGUGCAUUUAUCUGUAUCAGAACUACACUCGUAUAAAGAGUAUGGCUUAGUCAUUAAAAUGUUGGAUUUUACGUUGAAUGAACAUUGCUUAAAGGAGAAAAAAAUAAAAUAUACUGGAGAAAAAUGGUCAGGAAAUUGUUGCAUAUUAUGUCUUCAGAAAGAAGAGAAAAUGUUUAGUGUAAUUAUAGUGAAAUGGUAAUUUUAUGCAUUUUUUAUUUUAUUUAUGAUCUUAUUUUGUCAUGUUUAUAAUGAAUUGUCCUUGUUUCAAAUGGUAUGUUACAUGAAUUUGACUCUGAAACUAUGCUACUCAUAGUUCUAUAGUGAAGGUCUCUUGUACAUACACUGAAUUAUUAAAAAGAAUAAUACUAGACCUUUAUGUUGUAGCAUGGUUAUUGUAUGACUAAAAGAAAAAAACAUUUAUUUGCUGGUGUAAAAUAAAUGUUUAUGAACAUUU